ACUAGCAUGUCAUAGCAAGUCAGAGAAUGAGCUAGCUUAUCUUGCUUGCUGUGAUAAAUGGACAUUAGUGUAGCCCGUAGCUGUUGUUACAAACGCAUGCGGCUUUAAGAUCUGCAUUACAUAGAGAGAAUCAACUAAAAUUGUUUUAUUUGCCAUUUUGUGGAAUUCUUAUUCAUCUGGGAACUUCAGUCAACGUCAACAAGCUAGGAACUUAACAAUGUCUUUCGUGCCUGGCCAGCCGGUUACUGCUGUUGUGCAACGAAUCGAAAUAGUCAAACUACGACAGGGUGACAACUUGAUUUUGGGCUUCAGUAUUGGAGGAGGAAUAGAUCAGGAUCCAGGACAGAAUCCAUUUUCUGCGGACAAGAGCGAUAAGGGUAUCUAUGUAACAAGAGUAACACCAGGAGGACCAGCAGAAGUGGCAGGUCUGAAGAUGGGAGACAAAGUAAUGCAGGUUAAUGGUUGGGACAUGACGGUGGUGACUCAUGACCAAGCUCGCAAAAAACUUACCAAGAAGAAUGAAGAUGUGGUGCGGCUGUUGGUGACCAGGAAGGGACUGGAAAGCGCUGUCAGAAAUGCUAUGAUGUAAGGAUGACGGCAAACAAGCACACUCUCAUUCAAGGGGAUUUUAAUCAAACAAUUAUGUGGCCAGCUGUAAUUGGAUCUGAAUUGGAUGCAGAGGCUAGAAAUUAUGAGUUUUAGGAAAGGAACAAGAAAUCACAUGCAUGAGUGAAAUCACAUGAAAAAUUAUUUCAUGUGUGCGGAACAACUAGCUCUGCAUAUGCCAAAGUUCAAAGCCAUUCUGACAAGGUAUUAGAGCUUACUGUAAAAGUUGCCUCUCUCUGACCGUUAUUUUUUUUGUGUGCGUGAUUACUUACACAUUCUAAUAUUUUUCAUUUUUGUUUUGUUUCGGGGUUUUUUAUACAUAUAAUCAGUAACACUAAUUAAAGAACUUUUUCCCUAAAUGUCAUGUUAUAAUAACAAUAGGAUAUCACAACAGUGUUGACUGUUUCUUUAACUUUGCUCAAACCAAACUCACAAAAUACCAAGAGAUAUGAUUUUCACAGACCAUGUCCUCUGCUCUUUUGUUUUUGUAUACACUUGGGAGAAAUCAAAUGACAAAAUGGAAAAUUUAUAUCGUAAUCUAACAGCAGACACUUGUCAGCCAGGAAGGAUUUGAUCGUCCCAAAAGCAUACCUGUAGUUUAAACACAAGCACAACAUUCCUCAAUGUGCCAUUUUUCAUAAACGUAUAGGCUAGUACACUUUGUGUUCAGUGUGCGUUAUGUGGCUGAUUUGACUGGCUCCACACAUCAAAUGAACAGUAUAGUUGACCCAAUCUCAGUCAACCUUUUAUACACCAAGUCUGUGUUCUUCAUGUAUGUAAGUGCUUUUUUUUUCAUUCUAAGUGCAUGGAAUUAUCAGAGAUUCAUUAUCUUCUAAUGAAUCUAUGCAUUUAAUGCAAGUACUGUCCAUUCAAUUCCAAAACUGUAAUAAUAUACAAUGUUGAUCAUACCCUUCUGAGGAAAACUUGUUUCUUUAUGUCCAUAUAAUUCUUGUUUUGAGUUUGUUUUACUUUUGAUGUUUCAAUUGGGAGCUGGCCACACUGGCUAUCUUUAUUUCAAUCACUAUACACUGGCUCUCUUUUGUAAGUGUCCUUUCUUUAACUGAUUUACCUGAACUUGCUGCAAUCUUUUACUGGUAGAAUCAACCAUUUUGAUACUCCCAUUUUGACAUUUGAUUGUAUAUUUUUAUAUAUGGACUAUAUAAAAUGAUUUAGUUAAA